AACAUCACCAUUGGUCGAAGUCAGCCAUGGCACCGCUGCCAUGGGCUGUUGUAAGAGUAGUGCAGGGCCAAGGCUAUUGCUGUCCAGCGGGACACGUCAUGGAGGAGCUGGUGACGCAUAAGGCUGGCUAUCUUAGGUGUGAUGUCUGUGGCGCAGCACAAAAUGUUGGGAGAAGGAUGCAAGGCUGCUGGGACUGCGACUACCACGUGUGCUGCCUUUGCGAGAAGAAGUUCCAGGAUGCAGAGUGGUAUGCCUCCUGGCUCCAAUUCUGGCGCGGCAACAAGCCGAAGGACGUCACGGAUGUUGAGCCGGCGGAAACUGUCGAGACAGUCGACGACGUUGCCGCCAACGAGCCAGCUGGCCAGCGGCAGGUGCCCCGGUGUCCCGGGAAGCAUACCUUGUGUCAAUAUUUUUCCGCGCAGGAAGCUCCAAUCCAGUGUGACGUGUGUGGGAAGCAGUUGGCUCCCUAUGUCAGGAUCUGGGGCUGCUCUUUGUGUGACUACGACAUUGGGCCGUGUUGUGAGAGAAAGUUCGAGGACCCGCAGUUUCUGGAGAGUUGGCAAAGCUUUUGGUGCGUUUCCAAGGAGGAGCCUAAACAGGAAGAGCCACCAAUGCCGGCACCCUGCGAUCCACCCACUGUCUCCAGCUCUUCCAAUGUGCCGGAGGUGGCAGCGACCGUGGUGACGGUGGCCGAAGGGCCGAAGGUGACGCGUCCCAAGCCCGUGCAGAUCAUAGGCCUCGAGGAGGAGCUGGUCCGAACUGCGGCGGAGUCGUCCAGAGCCAUGGUCUUAGGAGGUCAAAAUGAAGUGGUGGCGCCGGCCCUCAUGAAAGCGGUCCUUAAGAAGGAUGACGCAAAGACUCCGAGAGCCACCAAUCCGUCGAACCUCGACCCAGCGGUCUUGAGGUUUGCAAGGAAAGUGAAAGGCACCACGAAAAAUGUCCCCAGCGUUUCGGAGGAGACGUCCGGAUCGAAGGACGUUUCCAUAGUCCCCGACACGGAGGAGGAGGAAAAGAAAAGCAAGAAAAAGAAAGAGGACAAAGAGAAGUCCGAAAAAUCGGAGAAGAAGGAAAAGAAAUCGAAGAAGGAAGGAAAGGAGAGUCGCAAAGACGGAGAUGAGGCCGAAACACCCGAAGCUUCCCGCUCGCCUUCGCGGCGCGUGAAGAAGUCCCGCCACGAGGCCGAUGGCUGAGAGCCGAGGCCGUGGCGAUGGCUGGGCUAAAGCUACAGGGAAUGGAUGGGAGGAUGAGUGGAAUUUCA